AUGGCCUUUACCUCACCUCAUCCGCGAGCAACCGCGACACCCUGCAUUGAAGCAGACACGAAUUCCGGCGCGACUGACACCGUCAUCACCGUGGCCAGCACUGUGACCGCAACCGUCACCGCGUCCGUUUCAGCCACCUCGAGCUCAAGCACUACCACCACUGGCCCGUUGACCACCCCAACAUCGUGGCUUACAGUCAUGGCUUCGCGAAUUGCCUCACCAAUUCACCUACUGCCCAUGAAUGCUGCAGGCUACCGCUUCUACCUUGGAGGAGAUACCGUGUCAUAUUGUCCAACUGAGGUUGAAGAAGCCGGAGGAUGUCCCACGGGGAAUCAGACUGUACUCUCUCUGUGUGCAAUGGGUGCUCUUGUUCCUGGUGGUCAGUAUUUGUAUGUGACGCCUGGUGGUGAAGUCGGCUACACCCAAGCCCAUUCGAGUCUCAUGCCGGAUGGAGCAGUCCAGUGUCCCUUCACAUACUCAAAGGCCCCAGGAGCCACGAUUGGACGACUGAAUCUGAGGGCAUUCGGGACAUCGGGGUUGAUGGCAUGUCCUACAUAUGGAGAGGCCUGGCAAGUUUUCGCCAACCUGAAGAACAUCACGGCGCCUCGAGGCAAUGUAUCCCAGUGCCUUGGUUUCGAUCCUUUGGCUUUCGAUACCCUUAAUGUUACCGCGUGGCAAUACACAUAA